CCCAGGAGUGGCGUCGGGGCACAUAACCGAACAUCCUUGAAUUAAGCGCAAGAGACAUUGCGCCGCGCUGCGUCCAAAUCGGUGGCAUCGGUCUCUUGCCCGAAACAUCAAUAUACAAGCUAGCAUGGAGGAAGUUGAAAGACAUACAUAAAACAGCUCCUGAAAAAUCUGGAUUGUGAUCUGUUAACAUCUUCGAAGAAACAACCAAGCCCUGCUCUCUUCCCUGUUCAUUCUCCAAGAAUCUCAAAACUCAAAAAUGACCACAAAGAAUCCCAAACCUCUCCGCCUAGGAAUCCUCGUCCCAUCCAGCAACACCGCCCUCGAACCCCUCACCUCCGCAAUAACAUCCCAACUCUCCCCCCAACUCUCAGUCCACUAUUCCCGCUUCACCGUCCUCAAGAUCUCCCUCGAGCCCUCCAUCCUCGCCCAAUUCGACAGCAACGGCCCCAUCCUAGCCGCAGCUCGCUUACUCGCCGACGCCAACGUCGAUGUCAUCGGCUGGUCCGGUACAUCUGGAGGCUGGCUCGGAUUUGAAGAAGAUGAGAAAUUAUGUGCGGCUAUCACUGAAGCUACUAGGAUUCCGGCUACGACUUCAAAACUUGCGUUGAAUCGCGGGUUGGAUUUGAUGGGAGCGAAGAAGAUUGCUUUUGUCACGCCGUACUUGGAUGAUGUACAAGCUCGCAUCAUCGAGACGUACAGGAAAUGUGGGUAUGAAGUCGUCUCAGAAAGCCAUCUUGGGCUGUCUAAUAAUGUGACGUUUGCGGAUGUGACGGAGGAGACUUUGAAUGGGCAGGUGAAGCGGGUUAUGGAGGCGGGAAAGGGGGAUGUGAAGGCGAUAUCCACUUUCUGCACGAAUCUGAAGGCGGCUCAGAGAGCGAGGGAUUGGGAAGCGGAAUAUGGGGUGCCUGUGCUCGAUACCGUGUCCACUGUGAUUUGGGACAUGUUGCGGAUUAAGGGCUGGGAGAAGGGAGCAAUAAAAGGAUGGGGUAAAUUGUUCGAUCUUUGAAUUGGGCAGCGAGAAGGUUCGAGAAAGAGCAAAGAGUAGAAAUAGUGCUGUAGAAAUUAAUU